AUGGGAACUACACUGGUGGCAAUCAAAUACCGUGGCGGCGUCGUUGUUGGUGCGGAUUCCCGCACGUCCGUCUCCGGCUAUGUCAGCCAUCGCUUUGCGCACAAAAUUGCACCCCUCACGGACCACACAGUAUUACUGCGCUCCGGUAGUGCUGCCGAUACGCAGCAAAUCGCGGAAUCCGCCCGGAUGACCUUUUUGCAUCGUCGCUAUCGGUGCGGUAUAGUGCCGACGGUCUCUCAGGUUGCGCAUUGGAUUCGUUCGACAGUAUAUGAAGAAAGCACGGAAGGCGUGGUAAGUUUGCUCGUUGCCGGGUUUGACCCGGAAUCUCUGAAAUCGCGGAUCUUUUCAGUCUCCCCGAGUGGUGCUCUAAUAGAGGAAAAGACUUUUGCAGUCUCGGGUUCCGGGUCAACGUAUGUUUUGGGCUAUCUAGAUCAUCAUGUAUCGGGCGACUUAUCGGAGAAUGAAGCGAUUGAACUAUGCCAAAAGGCUAUUGAAUUGGCAAUUGAUCGAGAUGGGAGUUCUGGUGGACGCUUUAAUAUCAUUGUUAUCAAUGGUUUAGGG